AAAAAUGACUCAAUAAUUGUUUUGCUAGUUUGAAGGCCAUGAAGAAGAUAAAAUUGUGGGGUUUUGUGUAAAUCAAGGAUGUAGAUAAAUUCCUCAAUUUUGUCUAAAAUGUAUACAGGAUCGACAUGCAGAACAUGUUCAGGAAUGCAAAGACUUUAGAUAAUAUUAAGAACUAUUAGCAAACAAAUUAAAUGAAUACAAAAAAGAAUUACAUCAAAUAAAUGAAAUGUUUAAUUAAGUUUAACUCCAAUAUCAAUCUCUUAACAAAAUUCUGGGAAGAGAGAUCGCAAAAUUAUAAGAGUUAAUAAUUUACUUCAAUAAUAAAUAAUAUUAUGAUAUCAAAAAAAUUUUAAGUUCCGAAACAGUCUCAAGUUUAAAUCUCACUCAAAAUGAUAAUUGUAUUUAAAAAAAAUAUUUUUAGCACAUAUUUUAGAUUUUGCUUCAAUAUUAGAGAACACUUUGUAAUUAAAUAGGCAUCCUAAUUUCGAUUAAUCAAUUAUACAAUAGCCCUUAUCAUAAAUUUAUAAUGAAGUAAAAGCCUAAUAAGAUUUUAUGAGAGGUUAUAAUAAUUUAAUAUUUUUAGGGUAGGAUUUAUUUAAUUAAUAAAACUAUUUCGAAGCCUUAGACUGUUUUAAUGAAUCUCUAUUUAAUAAUGAUAGGCUUGAUGAUUGUUAUAGAUGGAAGGGUAAAAAUUACGAUAUUUUAUCAGCUCGAACAUUAAAUAAAUUGAGUCAAUUUCAAUUAGCAAUAUAAGUAUGUGAUAAGGCAAUCUAUCUAAACGAAUAAAAUGAUUAUACUUGGAUUACAAAGGGUAAGGAUAUUUAACAAAAUAGCUUGCUCAUUACAUUGUUUAGGAAAAUAUGAGGAAGCUCUUAUUUGUUGUGAAAAAGCAAUUCAAAUAAAUCCUAUGAAUGAAACAGCUUAUAUAAAUAAAGGUUUUUAGAAAUGAUAUAUAUUGUUAGGUCUUGCAUUAGGAAACUUAGGAAGAAAUCAAGAGGAAUUGGGAUGUUAUGAUAAAGUGAUAGAAAUAAAUAAAAAUAAUGAAGCAUCUUACAUUAAUAAAUGUUAAUCAAUUUUUAAUUCAUAGGUUGGACCCUAAAUCACUUAGGAAAAUUUUAAGAAGCAAUUUAAUGUUGCGAAAAACUUAUUGCGGUCAAUCCAAUGCUUGAUUAAGGUUUUUAUAUUAAAGGUUAAAAUUAAUAAUUAAAAAUUAGGAAUUGCUUUAUAAGGAAUGUAACGGUAUUAGGAAGCUAGUAUACAAUUUGGUUUAGCCUAUGAUAUUUCAAAUAAUGUUGAUCAUUUAGUGGCAAAAGGUAAAAAUUUAAUAUUUAAUUUAUAGCUGAUGCAUUAUUUAAUUCUGGAUAAAAGAAAUAAUCUAAAUAAUAUUACAUUUAAGCUUUAUAGAAUGGAUAUCAUAAUAAGCAACAUAUUGAAAAUAGACUGAAAAAGAUAUGA